UCUCCUUUGUUUUCUAUGUAUGUCCGUCUAUCCAUUUAAAACGGCCCCUGUUGUUUAUAAUAGAAAAUUUCAUUAAAUAAUUCAGGGAGAUUAUGAGAUGCUAAAUUAAAGUUUCUUUAUGUGUAUCGUCUUUAUUUGAUAAUUAAUUAGUACACUCAAGUCUCAUGCUACUAAAUUUAGCAAUGGAUAAAUUCUUGAUCAAAUCACGUGUCUGUUGAAUAUUCAUGAAGCGUACUCCCGCCUUUCACCCCAUACGUACAAACAGGAAGGUAGAUAUUGAGGUUGAUCCAAGAUGGCGUCCGAAGAUGAAAUAAGCAAUACCGACACUGAUUUGUCCAUGGAACACAUUGAGGUGGAACAUAUUCCAGUUGAACACAUAAUAGAAACCGUUCAUGAUGAUAAUAUUGUAACUAUUCCAGUUGAUCAAUUAGAAAAUGUUGCCACGGUUGAAACUGUAGAGACGAUUGAAGUCGGAGACGGACCGUCAAUGAUCGCUUUGCAACCACUUGCCGAUGAUGAUCGAGAAGAAAUUAUUUUACAAACUAGGGAAGAAAUUGUCGGUGGUGAUAUUGACGAUUAUGGUGCAGCAUAUAUAAUUGAUACUGUACCUGUCCCUGCUGCCGACGUUGACGUAUUUUCAGAAGGACCAAGUAAAAAAGGCAAUAAACGCAGUGGAAAAGGACGCUCGCGAAAAGUUCUUGGGAGCGGAGAGCUAAAUUUUGAUACUGACAAAGGGACUCGAAAAUGGGAGCAAAAGCAAGUACAGAUAAAGACUUUGGAGGGAGAGUUUUCUGUAACAAUGUGGGCAUCAGGUAGAUACAUUUGGGGAUUUUUUUUUGUAAUAAGAAAAAUAUUAAGUUUGUCUUCCAGAAUCAAGCCCAAGAAACCAAAAGAUGAUGACAUCCCACGAACAAUAGCCUGCCCUCACAAGGGUUGUUCUAAAAUGUUUCGUGAUAAUUCUGCGAUGCGAAAACAUCUUCACACUCACGGCCCAAGGGUGCAUGUAUGCGCAGAAUGUGGAAAGGCGUUUGUUGAGAGCUCAAAGUUAAAGCGCCACCAGUUAGUUCACACUGGGGAGAAACCAUUUCAAUGUACGUUCGAAGGAUGCGGCAAGCGGUUUUCACUCGACUUCAAUUUACGUACACACGUGAGAAUUCACACGGGUGAUCGUCCAUAUGUUUGUCCAUUUGAUGGUUGCAACAAGAAAUUUGCACAGUCCACCAAUUUGAAAUCCCACAUAUUAACACAUGCCAAAGCAAAACAGCAAGCGCAGCAACAGACACAGAUCCCUCAACAGACUCAACACCAAUUUGUCCUGCAAAUGUAAACACUUGGUGGCAGCAUACUCAAAUGAACUUCUCUUAAAUACACGCCGCAUCUGGUGUUUACCGCAGUGCACAAAUGGUAAAAAUUGGAAAUCUAGAAACAUCAUUAUUGUAUUAAUACAAAUAAUAAAAUAAACUUGGUUAUUCUCACAGUGAGACUAUUAAGUACAUACGCAAUGCACAACAAUUCUUGUUGGGUAAUAAAUAUUGGUAAAAAAAAGUAGUACUCCAAAAGCAUUAUAUCUCCCUGUAUUGUGGUAAACAAUGUAAGAGGUAAAAGAAUAAAGUGCUAGUUAUUCUGAUGUUAGAACAAGGCUCAAUUAUGUUGUACAUUAUUUUAUGUAUAGUUCAUAUUCCUGGCAUGGACUCUAAUAUAAAACAGAAAUUCAGUGGUUGUGUUGUAAAUGAAAUGGUGAAAAAAUAAUUGAGCAGAAACUUGUAAAUAGCCCAAAAAAUUAAUAGUAAAUUUGUGAAAAUGGAUAAACAUAUUAUUUUAACUUUCAUUUCAUGAUCUGUACAGAUUAUGAUGUUUAUGAUGUAUAUUAAUGUAUCAUAAUUAAUGUAUCAUAAGAAACAAUUGUUUUGUUUAACAUGAUAGUUAAGGAAGGUUUUACACACAUCUUGAUUGGUUAAAUUGGUAGAGUGGUAUUUUCAUUGGUCUUAAGUUGGUAGUCUUAAGCCCUUUCCAGAUGAUCAAAUUUUAUUUGACAAAAACAUGUGACAUGCCUAAAUAUGGUCAUGAUGACAUCACAUGACCAUAUAUAGGCACAUCAUGACUAAAUAUGGCAUAUAGCUGUUUGAUAAUCUGGAUAGAGCUUUAGCAGAAACAUGUGCCUUAAUUUUAAUAAUUAUUCCAAUGUGAUCAUAUAACUUACUCAAAACAUUCAUUUUUCAUUUGCAGCAUCUAAAAGGCUGCCUUGCAACCAAUAACAUGGAUGGAAAGAUAAGGAUAAGUGCAUUUCCAAGGAGGAUUAAUUACAUUUGUCUUAAUGAAUUUUCAAUGUACAAUCAGGAAACAAUGUAAAUUUCUGUAAUUUUAGACCGAAACAAUACAAAUUUACUUGCUUGUUUGUUGAUGGUUGGGUAAAAAGGAUUGGAUUUAAACAUGAGAGACAAUAGUGAACUAUAGUUAACCUCAGUUGAGUAAGGGGCUUACAAUAGGAUCUCUUCUAUGAUUAAGUGGGUCUUAAACUCUAGAAUGACAGAGUUAACAUGAUGAAUUAUUAAUCCCAGAUGAGAACCUUAGCAGAAUACUGCCCUCUACAAUUAGAUAUUAACAUAUCAAGUGCAAACUACAAAUUUACUUCAUGUUACAUGGGUGUAACUAACUACAAGGUGUAACACCAUUAUGAUAGACCCUAAGCCAUUCAAUAUACUGUACUGUAAUCUAUUCUGCUAACAGUGUUUGUAAGAUCUAUUUAUUUAUGUUAUGUUCCUGUUAAUCUUCUAUAGUUUGCACAAAAUGUCUGACAUCAUAAUCCAUACCUGGAUUGGUAAGGUGAUGUAAGCCAUUUAUUUUUAAUUACUGUACUCUAAAGUGACAUUAUAAUAUAACGCUCUUUACCACCUAUCAACACUAUACCAAAUUAUAGGUACUGUACUGGGUAUUACUGGUAUAAUAAAGUUUAUAUGUUACUACAAAGGUGAAUGUGGUCCACAGGGAGGGGGAGGGAAAGGGUGUAUGCUCAUAUAUUCCAGAGUACAUACAUUUUACUAUGUAGCAUGCUCUGCCCUUUUCUGCUUAGUUUGGUAUUUAAUCAAUAAUAAUUUAUAAAGAAGUUGAUCACGAGCAAGGCAAAAACCAAACAAGUGUAUAAAUGAUUAAUUACAGCACUAGUAAUUAAUUGAACAACUUUCAUAUGAGAGUUAUGCGGGAUAAGGGACAAUGUAUCUGUUACAUGUCGGUACUGGGUCUGUACUGCGGCUGCAACAGGUCCCCAAUGGCCCCGUCAAAAUAUCCAAUUUCAAAUACUUGUAUUUGAAAAAAAAAAAAAACCGUAAUUAAAUUUUUACUCUUUUAUUUAUGUCAUGUUCAAUACAGUUGCCUACAAUCAUCAUUGUGAAUUAUGUUAUAGUCCGUUAAUUUAUGGUGCAUCAUAUGCGCUAGUUAAGAUACCAAGGUCAGUGCAAGCAAAUUCUUGGGUAGAUUAGCAUAUUGUCUUGUCAAAUUGUCCCCCUUUUUUCAUAAUUUGUGUUUGUGAAUAUAAUUUUCUAAAAAUACGUCUUAAUUUUAACUAAAUAGUAAUUCACAUCAACAAUUUAUUGUUAUGAAAAUAAAGUUGGAAGCAAAAAAUAAACAAAAUUGAAAAUA